AUGUCUGGCGGGGGAGAGACCCGUGUCCUCCGCCCGGACCAGGAGCCAGGCAGCGGCCAAGAGAGCCCCAGGAUGCCUGCGUGGAAGCGAGAGAUCCUGGAGCGAAGGAGGGCAAAGGGUGGUAGUGGUGGAGCCGGUGGAGGAGAUCUGAGUCCUGGUACAGUGCGAUACAACGGGAGCGCGGCUGCGGCUGUCAAUGGAUCCAAGCAAGACUGCCCUUCCACGGCUUCUGCUUUUGCCGCCGCUGGUGCGUGUGGUAACGGGAGAAAUUACACCAUCACCACGGCCAGCCAGCACUUCGCCAGCAACAAAGAAACAGCGCGACAUGAUGUGGAGAGGGCCACGUCGAAGGAGGCGGAUGGGGAGGAAAGCCUGGUGCUGCAGGAGAGCCUUGGCCCUCUGGAGGAAAACCCCUUCAUUAAACUGGAGAAGGAGAGGAGGAGACGGCAGGAUCGGGAGAACGCAGCGCGGCCUGUCCAGCACAUACUGGAGCUCUACGGCAGCGUUCCAGGCAUCCGGACCAUCAGAGCCGAAAACAUCAUCAUCAUCGAAUCCGACCCGGAGUAUUUUCCAGAGGGAGGGGGCGUAGACAGCGGCUCCAAAUGGCAGCAGAACGGCGUCAGCGCAUACAGCUCUCUGAAUGACCUUUUGGACCAGCGUGGGAGUGCCGUGACUGAGAUAAGAGCCAAGGAAGUGGUGAUUUACGACACCACGUUGAGCAAGAGCGAGGAAAACCUGAGCACGUUGGGCCGGCCCGAUCUCGAACCGCACGAGGAGAGCCAGGGCAGAGUCAGCCGGAUGUUGCAGAAAUUUGACAGCAACUACGGAAAGCUGCAAAAGAAAUCGCACAGCACGGAGAACCUGCUCGACUUGGAUUGUAGUAGUAGUGCCAGCAGCCGGCCCAGAUCUUGGUCCAAGCCAGAGGUGGUGCCAAAGCAACGGUUUGAACCAACGUUUCCGCUUUUUAAUGCAUCCAAAUUACCAAAGGCAGAACCGGAGAGCCCCCAGCAAACUCCCAACCACUCGGUGCUUUCGUUUCGCCAACGCUUACAAGAUGGAAGUCCGAGCAAGGAUGAAAUGGAUGGGCGACCGCCGGCAAAGUCCGCGAGAGAGCGAGAGUGGGACAGCGGUAGUCCAGACCCCAAACCCAAGGUGCCAUGUUCUCCGGAGAUACGCCAUUCCCGUGCAGAGUCCAGCCCGUCCAAAAUGCUCCGCACCACUCCGGACUUCGAGAUUCGGCCGUCGCCUAAACCUGAUCUCUCUGGAAUUCCGGACAAUGAUACGCAAGCUAGGGCCUUGGCCAAUUUGCGCCUCCAGUCCAAGAAUUCCUUCACUGUUAUUCCCAAGCGAAGACUUGAGACAAUGGGCUCGCCUGCUGCUAGUCCGCUCCCAUCUGGUCCAGCUAAAUUGUCCCCGAUACAGAGAGUAGCAACGGGAAGUGCUACAGGUGUGCCAACAUCCCCUACGUCCACAACCACAACAAAUGACUUUACGAAAGCCACACCAAUUAAAAGUCCGCCCAACAAAACAUCACCCAGCCCUGUUAAAAACGAAACGUCUAUAGCCAUGCAAAAAUCGCCAUCUUCGCCAACCAAACCAGUCGCAAAACCAGUCACAAUUCCUGCCGCCUAUCCCCAAACAUCCACUCCAAUACGGGAUAAAGAAAAGCAGGAAUCGCCAACCGGAAGUCCAACCAGUCCGCCUCCUCUCGCUUCUUCUCCAGUUUUGAUUUCGCCUCCAAGUUCUCCACGGGUCCCAGUUUCUCCCAGCGAAGCAACACCCACGUCCGACCAUCUCCCCAUCACGAACAUUGACGAUAUCGAGGUGGAAACUCCGGAGAAAGCCCCAGCUCCGAGUCCGCUGGUGCACAGGCGGAAGGGGAACACGUUUACGGUAGUUCCCAAACGGAGAGCGGAGACCGAGCCGUCGUCCGCCUCUCCGGAGCCCCAGGCCGAAGCUCCGGUCGAGGCUUCACCGGGCUCCACGCCGCCCCAGGCCCCAUACUCUCAGCUGGGCACACUACUGAAGAAGCGCUACCCAGCUGUGGAGGAAAUCGAGGUGAUCGGGGGUUACCAGGCGCUCGCCAAGUCCUGCCUGAUCAAGACGCCGUCUACAGGGAAGAAGCUGAAGAUUUCCUUCAACGAGUCGAGUCUGCAGAGCACCUACGAGUACCCGAGCGAGAGCAGCGCGUGGGACAGCGAGGAGGACGAGCGAGGGGACAGUCCCGACGAUCCGCCCAGUGUGGUGGGACGAAUCCACAUCCCCCGCGCCUCAGUCCCAGGCCAGACCAACGAUCUCUCGAACUACAUUCCCAAACACGCGGUGGACUACAGCACGUGGCAGGAGCAGAGGGAGGAGGAGAUUGCACACCGGGAAGAGCCGCAGCCCACGCACACGGACGACGUCAUGUUGACCCCAGCCGACAGCUCGUCCCUCUCAGACUUCAGCAGUGAACCAGCGCUGUACUUCUGA